CCUCCGCCGCCGAUCUUGCUGGGGGGGCCAACUUAGCUAGAUUUUUCCCAAGCUAACUUCGUCGAACAAGUAGCCAGACCACCCAUGCCUGAGAUGUUGGACCCUGAGGCAAAUUCAGUUGCCAAACUUAUCAGACGAGCUGUUAUCAUUGGGGAUGGUGUUACCGAGGCUGAGGACAUGAGCAUUGGUUUGGUUCGUGCUCUAGGUUUCUCCAAUCGCCAUACCAUAUAUCAUGUUAGGAGGCCUGUCCAAGAAAACAAAAACUGGUUUCUUCGGCUGCCAUUUUUGAUCAACAUGAAAUUAUAUGGCCUCAUGAGGGGAUUGUUUGGGCGACUUCUAAUGCAUACACCGUCUACUAACACUGAAGCUUCAAGUGCAUCAAACGAUUCACAAGCUUCAAGUUCAUCAAAUGAUUCACAAGCUUCAAGUUCAUCUGUCCUCGAGGAAGCUGAUGCUCACAAGAUUGCAAAGAAUGCUCGCGAAGCGUUUAUAGAGGAUGGCCCUCUGCUGGUGGUUGCAUCUGGGCAGGAUAUUGUUAGUGUUGCUAGCUCUAUUAAGAAGCUAGCCCCAGACAAUGUUUUUGUUGUUCAGAUACAACAUCCUCGAUGCAGCUUCAAUAUGUUUGAUCUUGUGAUCAUUCAUCAGGAUGAUUACUGUUACCCUUCGUCUCUGCCGAGGUGGUUCACUCGACACAAACCCGUUCCACCCAAUGUGUGUCUUAUUGAGGGAGUACUCCAUCAAGCUGAUCCAGCCAAUCGUAGGGAAGCUGCGAUUCUCCUGCACCCUAGGUUUCAAGAUUUACGGCUGCCUUGUCUAGUGGUCAAUAUUGGCAGACCUACGAAAAACUGUCCCUAUGGUGAGGACCUCGCAAGCCAGCUGACGCAAAGGCUUCGGAAUGUUUAUGGCACCUGUGGGAGCAUCAUUAUACAUUUUUCAGAAAGAACCCCAAAGAAGAUUUCUAAUUUCAUAAGAAGUGAAUUUAGAGAAUAUCCUAAGUUCAUAAUAUCAGAUGGCAGGGAUACGUCUGAACCAACUCUGCAUAUGGCACAUCUCCAUUUGGCUGAUGCUUUCGUCAUCACGGCAGACUCGAUGAAAUGGCUGUGUGAGGCCUGUCGCAUGGGGAAACCCGUGUAUGUGAUAGGAGCAGAGCGGUGUACAUCGAAGCUUGCUAAAUUUCAAAACCGUUUGCAGGAGCUAAAUGCUGCUCACCCAUUUACGGGUGAGGAAAAUAUGGCUGAGGACCGGCUUUUUGGUAUACUGCCGGAUGUUGUUGGCCGUGCUGGCGGGGAAGUGGUGAGGGCGCUUCGUAAGAAAGGAUGGGCAAUUUACACAUGAUGGUCUCCUUAAUCUCGCUUAAAAGCCACUUGGUGGUAUCUGACUUGGAAGAAAAUGGUUUGAUAACGAUUUGGGUGGCUUAUAAAACGCAAUGAAGUUUCACACUUUCACAGUACUUGCUAGGUUUUUUUAUGACGUUCAUGAUGGUUCUUGAUACUGCAUGUUGCAAUGUGCAAAAUCUAUAUUUCCAUGAUUCCAAAUAGGACUGAGAUUAUCACGUCAAUAUUUCAGUUAUCGGGAA